AUGCCAUUGGGCGCCCAGCGCACUUCCACAUUGAUCACUCUCUGCUCGGAGUGGAUGUUCACAGCCGCUUGUGAAGAAGGAAACGGCUCACGGUGCUUUCCAUGGACCAGUACCGAAGUGACUUCUUAAAAUGUUGGAUGUAUACAUGGGUUUUAUUUUAGUUUAAGGAAGGACAGAGUUUUCUAGAAACCUGCCGCUGAAAGCUGAAAAAGAGGAACUUUCAAGAGACUCUGCUCAGACUUCAGAGAUUGUUUUUUUUUUUUUUUCUAAAAUGCACUUAUUUGGAUUUUCUGUCUUCUGUCUCGCAUUGUUUUAUGCAAACCUUGCUUUCGAGUCCAGUCACGACUACUAUGAAUACGAUCAAGAUCAAGGAGAUGCAAUGCAGGAGCAUUCAGAGCCAGACCUGGUGGAGCAGUUGCGUUCAGCCGGGAGUGUGGAUGAACUUAUGAGGAUAGUUUACCCUACCUACAGGAUCAUGCUGAAGUGUCGUUCCAAGAUGGGAUCGCGCCUACCUCGCAGAGAACCAAGCUCCACAGAAACAAGGUCGGAGGAGGCCUCCUUUGCGGCUGCUUUCAUCAAUCUUGAACUUUUGAAAAGUAUUGAGAUAGAGUGGAGAAAGACGCUGUGCAUGCCACGCCAAGUUUGUUUAGAUGUGGGGAAAGAGUUUGGGGCUACAAACACCUUCUAUAAACCACCCUGCGUGUCUGUCUACAGAUGUGGGGGCUGCUGUAACAGUGAGGAGCUUCAGUGCAGGAACAUCAGCACUUCAUACAUCAGCAAGACGUUGUUUGAAAUCACAGUUCCAGUCAAGCAAGGGACCAAACCGGUCACUAUAAGCUUCGCCAACCACACUUCCUGCAGCUGUUUGUCAAAACAAAAUUUGUACCGACAGCAGCACUCAAUCAUACGAAGGGCCCUAACAGAAUGUCAUGUGGCAAAUAAAACAUGCCCAAAGAAUCACAGCUGGAGUAAUCACUUAUGCAAAUGUGUGCUGCUGCCUGACACCCUUCAUUCAAAACCACAUUCUGAUUUUGAACCGGACUUUUGCGGCCCUGACAAAGAGCUGGAUGAGGAGACGUGUCAGUGUGAAUGCCGAAAAGAGCUGAGAAAGGCAGGCUGCGGACCACACCAUUACCUGGACAAGAAUACAUGCCAGUGUGUGUGCAAAGCACAGCCGUCCUCCUGCGGGCCUCAACAGAGCUUCAACAGAGAUACCUGCCAGUGCACCUGUGCCAAAGUGUGUCCGAGGAGUCAACCUCUCAACCGCACCAAAUGUGUGUGUGAAUGCACAGAGUCCCCCAACAAGUGCUUUUUAAAAGGAAGAAGGUUUCACCCGGCCACAUGCAGCUGUGUCCGGCCUCCAUGUAACGUGGACCCCAAGAGAAGGAAAUGUAAGGAAAAUGAGUAUUUCAGUGAGGAACUGUGUCACUGUAUACCCACAUAUUGGGGAAGACUGGACUAAACUCAACCAACAGUGCAGGUGGCGCUGAAUGCUAACGGACAAUGGCAUUUGAAGCAGUGCGAACGUUCGGCUACUGCUUAUCAGACUCACAUGCGUAGUCAUGUGGACUAGCAAUGGAGAAACUGGGUGACACACACACAAAAAAGUCCACUUUCAACCCCACAUAUCAAGCAUGGUGUGAGCUAUCCAGGACUUAAAGAGAGAAAAGCCACGAGCCAUGUUUUUGUCUAUUCGUUAUUUGUCGGAUAAUGAUUAUAUAAUUUAUUGCCAUGAAAUGUUUUGCAACUCAUUCAUUUCGAAUCUUUGCAAAGAAAAAAAGGAAAAAAGAAAAACACUGUGAUCAAUAUUUUUGUAUCAUGUUAAGUCCAGUAAAAUAAAGUAUAAAGUUGUA